GCAAAAGUAAACAAGAUCUCGUCUUGUUUCUUGGACUGUUCAAUGGUUCAGGAAGAUAAACAUGUCCAUCUAUCGGGGUUUGACAGCGGAAAGCCCAAAGUGAUCUGAGCGUCCGUCCGUCCAUCCGCUUUCCCACCACCGGAUGCAAAGACUCGGUCGGAUGCAUUUGUCAAUGGAUACGCUGGCAAUGGUGGAAGAUGCUUGCCUGGACAACUAUGACCUGGCAAAAGGCGCCGGCGGGUCCAGCAGCGGGGGCAAGGUGCACAGUAUCGAUGUCAUCCUGGGCUUCGCCAAGGAACAGGACUCUCUGCUCCAGCACGCCCGCGACCACCAUCACCACCACCACCACCAAGAUGACGACCACAGGCAGAAGGUCACGCGGCAAGACUCGCAACUUUCCGACAAGCAUGACCCGUAUGGGCAUCUUUCAGAACGGGCCGAUAACUCCCAACAUUCGUCCUAUCAUGAGUCAUACAUGUUCUGCGCCGACAAGUGCGACGGAGAGGUGAGUAGCAUGUCAAAGGACCUAGCUGAGGACUCCCCCAAGGGCAUGGUGGAGGAAGAGCACAACAAGAAGAAGCACCGCAGGAACCGGACCACCUUCACUACCUACCAGCUGCACGAGCUGGAGCGCGCCUUCGAGAAGUCCCACUACCCGGAUGUCUACAGCCGUGAGGAGCUGGCCAUGAAGGUCAACCUGCCCGAGGUCCGGGUGCAGGUGUGGUUCCAGAACCGGCGCGCCAAAUGGCGACGUCAAGAGAAGAUGGACUCCACCACUAUGAAGCUGCACGACUCUCCCAUGCUUUCUUUCAAUCGGGCCCAGAUGGGGCCCGGCGCGGGGUCGGCGGGCAACCCCAUGCCCCUGGACCCCUGGCUCACCUCGCCCAUCCCCAACGCUACGCCCAUGCACACUAUCCCGGGCUUCAUGGGCUCGCCGCAGGGCCUGCAGCCGGCCUACCCGGGCCAAGGCUUUCUCGGCGGACCGGCCGGCCUGGUGCAGAGCAUGCAGCCCAUGGGGGGGCCGCCGCCGUACCCGUGUCCACCUAGCUUCAAUGACAAAUUCCCCAUGGAGGACGACAGGAGCUCCAGUAUCGCCGCACUCAGGAUGAAGGCCAAAGAGCACAUUCAGUCCAUGGACAAAAUCUGGCAACACAUGUGAUCCUCCUUUUUUGUUUUCUUCUUCCUGGGGCGGCUCUAGGGAAGGUUUACAAACUAAGCUGACUACAUCCAGGGACUGUGGAUGGUUUCUUACCCACUUUUUGGUGGACACAUGUAGACCAAAGGGUGGAGUGGGGUCUACAGU